UUUUUUAAUAAAAUUGCAAAAUUACGAGAAACACGAUACGAUAAUGGAAAAAUAAUGAUUAGGAUUGGUUUGUAACGUAUUCAAAUUACCAUCAGCAGCUAGGUAUGAAAUGCUGUGUAUAUACCGUGUGACGAAAGGUAAUCGUAAAAACUAUUUCGUCGUUGGUGAUUAAGAGUACACGAUCGUGCACACGUAUGCGACUCGAUUCACCUAAAAAUAUCUACAGACCGGUGAAACAGUGGUGUCAGUGGUGCGUGGACAACGCGUAAGGAUGGAUUUUUCUCAAUAUCGAAAAAUCCUAGUUUACGUGUUGACGUUUCUAGCUUACGCAUGGUCUGGCUACGGAGCUGGUUUACUGUCGAACUUAAGGGACGCCGUAUUGGCAGCUGAAACAGUUUUCCAGGAUUUAUUUCAGAAUGCAAUUACAGUAGCAAGGAAAAUCAAGGACAUACACGAAGUGUUUGACGCAGCAGUGGAAGAAAACUGCAUUUUCAAAUGUCCAGGAGGUAUCACGCCAAAACCAGAUUGGAAUCAUAAACCACAAAGCAAUGGAUGCGGCUCUUUAGGAAUAGAGAUAAACCAAGAAUACUUGCCGUUAGCGGAAAUGACCAAAUGUUGCGAUGCACACGACAUUUGCUACGAUACCUGUAAUUCAGUGAAGGAGAGCUGCGAUUUGGAAUUUAAAAGAUGCUUGUACAGAUACUGCGAUGGAUAUCAAACAUCCGCUAUCAUAAACACAUGCAAAGGUGCCGCGAAAAUGCUGUUUACAGGCACGACUGCUCUGGGAUGUAAGAGUUACAUGGACGCGCAAAAGGAAGCCUGUUACUGUGGCGAUAAAUGGAAUAGGAACAAGAAACCUAAGAAAGCUGCUCAAGCUGGCGGAGAACUGUAAAAUUAUACGAAUCUCUCGGUUUAAGUAAUUCACGUGGAGCGUGUCCCAUACUCUGUUUACGAAACCUCUAGCCAUUAAGUCUGUGAUUUUAUACUAGUUCUGCUGGCGCUAAACGCGAGAUAAAUUUGAAAUUGUACGAGGUCCUAACAUUUUAUACGUGACCAAUAAAAUCUGAUUUUACCACCCAAA